CUCGAGGCGGCUAGAAGUGCCCAAUUCGGAAUUUUUUUUCACAGGCGGCUCUUGAGGCGACCCGGAAGCGGAAGUGGAAGAAAGUUCUAGUGGGUUGAGGUAUCGCUCGGAGCAGCCGGGUGGCGGGAGGAGCCGUUACGGGAGCGGGAGCUGCCGAUUAAGCUGAUCAAGAUGACAACCUCCCAAAAGCACCGAGACUUCGUGGCAGAGCCCAUGGGGGAAAAGCCAGUGGGGAGCCUGGCCGGGAUUGGUGAAGUCUUGGGCAAGAAGCUGGAGGAAAGGGGCUUUGACAAGGCCUACGUGGUCCUUGGCCAGUUCCUGGUGCUAAAGAAAGACGAAGAUCUCUUCCGGGAAUGGCUGAAGGACACGUGCGGUGCCAAUGCCAAGCAGUCCCGGGACUGCUUCGGGUGCCUUCGGGAGUGGUGCGACGCCUUCUUGUGAGGCUCUCCGGGGAGCCCCCAGCCCCUGGCCCCAGCAUGGAGUCUCCAGAGUUUGCAGCCGCGUGGGGACUCCUCCCCUGUCCUCUACAAAGGAAGAGAUUGCUGUCGUCGUGCUCCACCUCUGAUGUACUCCAAGGUCUUUUGGGAGUUCUCUCCACUCGCCAUUUCAACUUUUUGAAAUUCUCGCCCUUGCAUGCAUUUCCCUUCGCCUUCCCCUGCCAGUUUCAUGUCAACAAUUACCAGCUUCUCCGAGUGGAUUCCAGGCCCUUCCCUGACCCCCACUCCCACCCCCACCUCUGGUCUGUUUUAUGCUAUUUGGCUCUUUUUUGGCAAAACAGUCACUGUCCUUGUAAAGUUUUUUAAAUCAAUAAAGUCAGUGGCCUUCCUGA